CAAGAAAUUGGCAUAUGGUGGAAAGCCGUGAAACUGGAAGACGUUGGUGGCCUCAUUCGGAUCCGCAGUGACGGUUUGAAACUGCGUGAGCUUGUCGUCGACGACACAAUAGUCUUGCAAGAAAUGUACUGGGGCCUCCCGCAUCUCUCGUCCGUGUGCAGCCGAUUCGAAGACAUUUGUGGUGCGGAACCAAGCAAUCACAUGUCCGUAGUGUCCUGUAACGAUCCACAGACCACAGCGUACUCACUUUGUUGGAAUUGGGAGAUUCUGAUGCUCCAUGCGCACCGUGUCGGAGAGAGUCUCGACUUUUAUCAGGCUUUACGGACGAUGGAUGAAGCUGCGAUGUGGCUUUACAUGCCACUUCACGAAGGCGAAGUACUGACGCAAAUUUGGAAAUUCGAGGGCGAGCUGAGGACUGCAAUUGGCUUACUACUCGUAACGGAUCAAGGACAUUCCACCUUUCUAGGAGUGCAGCCACGGCCAAACUGGGGCCGCAAGGCCACAAGUCACAUUUACGCUGAGACGACGACUUGUGGCGUGCGAAGAGUGGUUGAGAUUGUCCCGUGCAAUCGCCAACGCAUGGGCAAACCAAUCAUUAUUGGACUUCUCCUUCGCUAUGCCGACGGAACCUCAGCUUGUGUCGGUCAAAUCAGACUUGACUGCUUACAAAGAGCUAUGACUGUCGACCCGACUUCUACGCUGUGGGAGCGCCAUCUUGGCCAAAGAACAACCAGUCGUACCAGCUUGCGA